AUGGCAUCCAACUUCCAAUCCAUCCCGGUCAUCGACCUUCUCCUCACCAACCCCCCAACUCGCCCGCAACUCCUGCGCCAGCUCCGCCAGGCACUCACCGAAGUGGGGUUCCUGUACAUCUCCAACCACGGUGUCCCACAAUCCGUCAUCUCCGACCUGCAGGCCGUUCUCCCGCGGCUUUUCGAACUCGACCAAGGCCGCAAGGACGCAGUGGCUCUGCACCACUCCCCGCAUUUCCUGGGCUACAGCCAGGUUGGCUCGGAGACGACGGCGGGACGAGAAGAUCGACGCGAGCAGUUCGAGUUUGCCACUGAGCUGGAGGAGAGCUGGGCGGAGGGUCAACCCCGCUACGAGCGAUUGCGGGGGCCUAAUCAGUGGCCCUCAGCCGAAGCAGAUAUCCGCUGCAGCAUCGAGCGAUACAUCGAGGAACUCACCCGUCUCGGCGAGAGGUUCCUACACCUGGUCGCCGAGGCUCUCUCCAUACCGCCAGAGGUGCUCUUUUCCUUCCUUUCCGACCAGCACCGUCUUAAGCUCGUCCACUAUCCGCCCUCAGAGAUAUCGGCCGAUAAAAAUGGACAAGGCGUCGGUCCCCACAAGGAUUCAUCAGGCUGGUGGACAUUUCUCCUGCAGGCAUCUCCUCCGAACGUCAAAGGACUGCAAGCACUGAACAGAAAUGGGGAGUGGAUUGACAUUCCGGUGAUUGAGGGUACAUUCGUCGUCAACAUCGGCCAGGCGUUCGAGGUCGUCACUCAUGGGAUGUGCAAAGCGACUACCCACCGUGUUCUAUCUGGUUCGUUGGAGAGGUAUAGCGUUCCCUUUUUUCAGGGUGUUCGGCGGAACCUCACAAAAUCGGAGGCUCUAAACGCAUUAAAAGACUACAUCCCUAUCCAACAGCCACCGUCACAGUCAGAUGUCGGUGCCAAUAUUGAUUCGGCCUUUCUGCGAGGCCGGUAUGACACAUGGGGCGAGUCUCAGCUACGCACCAAGAUUCGAAGUCAUCGUGAUGCAGGAAGAAAAUUCUACGCCGACGUGUUCGACCAAUAUAUCAAUGACGAUAACUGA